AAGGUCCAAAACUGACAUAUGGACUCUUUGGAUACGCCUGAUCGUAAUACAGAUUUUCUUGAGUACACAGAAUAAUUGACUUUUAAAUUUCUUUUGGACUCUUUGGAUCUUUGCAAAACCAACACUAUAUAAGCCCCAAAUACACGUAAGUUGCUUCCAAUUCAUUGAAGGUGAGUGCAAGGUGGAAGUGUUAUUAGAACAACAAUGAGUGAAGCCAAUGACAACAAUAGCUCGGUUCCAUGGACUCCAAGGCCAGCGACUGUAGAGCCACAACUGCCUGUCUCUUAUCCGCCUUCUCGACUUCAUUCACCAUUUUUUUCUGGAUCACCACUUCCUAGUCCAGACCAUGUAGAGCCACCCAAGAGCAGAUUCUGUAAAAUCCCUGCGAUGCCAGCUCCAAAGCUUAUUGCUCCUUUUGGUAACCCUUUGAAAAAGGUUCUUCGCCUCACCAAACUUGAUCCCGAGGAUAGUUGGCUCCCCAUCACUGAGUCAAGAAAUGGCAACAAAUACUAUGCUGCUUUUCAUACUCUGUGUUCAGGCAUUGGAAUUCAAGCCCUUAUUCUUCCAGUUGCCUUCACUUACCUUGGCUGGGCUUGGGGAUUAAUCAGCUUGACUCUAGCGUUCAUCUGGCAAUUUUACACCUUAUGGAUACUUGUCCAACUUCAUGAAUCAUCAGAAAAUGGGAAACGUUACAGCAGAUACGUCCAACUAGCAGACGCUGCCUUUGGUGACAGACUAGGAAAGGUCCUAGCCUUGUUUCCGAUUGGAUAUCUUUCAAGUGGAACAUGCGGUGCCCUGAUCAUGAUUGGUGGAUCAACAUUAAAAAUCUUCUACCAGAUAGUUUGCAAGACCACAUGUACCCUGAAGCCCUUGACAACAGUGGAAUGGUGCUUGGUGUUUACGUGUGCAGCUGUACUGCUGUCACUGCUGCCUAAUCUGAAUUCAAUGGCAGUUGUAUCGUUGGUAGGGGCCAUCACUGGUAUCGGGUAUUGUACGUUAAUUUGGGUGGUGUCUGUGGCGGCAGGCAGGCUGCCGGAGGCUUCAUAUAAUACGUUAGGCGGAAACACGGAGAUCCGAAGGAUCGGUGGUGUACUCAAUGCGCUGGGGACUGUUGCGUUUGCUUUUAGAGGUCACAAUCUUAUCUUAGAGAUUCAGGGAACCGUGCCUUCCAGCGAGAAGCGUCCAUCACAGGUGCCAAUGUGGCAAGGGGUGAAGGUUGCAUAUACCAUAAUAGCUAUGUGCCUAUUUCCCCUUGCAAUUGGUGGGUAUUGGGCUUAUGGUCACAAGAUACCCGCAAAUAAUGGAAUGCUGACGGCUUUUUACCAAUUCCAUUCACGUAAUGUAUCGCCAUUUGUGCUCGGACUUACAAGCUUAUUCAUAGUAAUCAACUCGUUAUGCUCAUUCCAAAUCUAUGGAAUGCCAAGUUUUGAUGACAUGGAGCUUCUAUAUACUGGCACAAAGAAAAAGCGAUGUCCGUGUUGGCUCCGGGCAUUGUUCCGGAUUGUAUUCGGAUUUUUCUCUUUCUUCAUAGUAGUCGCAGUCCCAUUCUCUGCAAGUGUAUCUGGUGUGGCUGGAGGCAUAGCUCUGCCUGUCACAUUGGCAUAUCCCUGCUUUAUGUGGGCAAAGAUUAAGAAACCAAAAAAGUAUGGUGGAAUGUGGUGGCUCAACUGGGGCCUAGGGAUCUUGGGUAUGGGAUUUAGCUUUGCAUUAGUUGCAGCUGGGAUUCCUGUCAUAUGUACCUAACUUUGUGACGUACUUCUCCCUCACCGCGACAGAAAUGUACCAACCUAAUGCUCCAAGCUUAAUUCAACAUCGGAACAACAGAU